AUAACAGAGGGCCCUGCACUUUACAGAUGAGGAACUUGAGGCACGUGACUUGGCUCAGGCCAGUUAGCCUCGCAGAGCAGGGCUAGGUUUCCUGACCUCCAGGUCAGUCUUCAGUGCUCGACCUAAUGGCAGCUUGUAAGGAAUGGAGGGAGGUCUAUGCCCUUACCUAUAUGGUGGGAGCUUGGGGCUGGGGGGGCUCCUGCUCCUGGCUGUGGUCAUUGUGUCGGCCUGUCUGUGUCGGCUCUAUCGGAAAGUGAGGAGGCUGGAGAGGAGCUGGGCCCAGCUCUCAGAGCAAGAGCUCCACUACGCAUCUCUGUUGCCCGUGCCCUGCAGCGAGAGGCCGUACCUCAGCCGCAAGGAAGGCGCCAACGAGGACCCCAGCACCGACUAUGCCUGCAUUGCCAAGAACUAAGCCACUGGCGCUCCCCCAGUCGCCCCCCUGAACCCAGGCGGACCCUGUGGUCUACCCAGUAAAGACCGUGUCUCACCACC